AAUACCAUGACAUCCAGUGUCUAAGGGUUUCGUGUGAUGAGUUUCAGUGGUUAUGACUUGGGGUAAUACGUGGCUUUUCAGUGGACUGGGACCCCUGCAGAAUAAACCUGACAUUAGCACAGUGGAGGAAGGACUGAUGCUAUGAUGCUUUGGUCCUAAAUCAGCAGGUUCUAGAGGUUUCUGGGUCCCUGGAUUUUUAUUCAGCUCACAUCUGUGCAGCAUACAGCGCUGUGCUAGGCUGAUGCAUGUGCGAUAGCUGGGAGCAUGCCAAGCAAACAGGAGGUCCGUGCCACAAAGUGCUCACAGCCCCAACCUGCAGAAGGCUUAGGCUGCACUCCCCAGCUCUUGCUGAGUUCUGCUGUUGUCUUUCUUCAUGGCACCUCCCUCCCCUUUCUGCCUUGGCUGCAGAAAUGUGCUCAAUUAGGGUUAACUCAAACUGAAUCAAACUUCAUGCCUGAGGUUGGAAAUCUUCCCAGUCAACUCACCACGGCCACAGAGCAUGGUGGGAGACGGGGCGAGAGGGGAGAUGAACACUUUUCAGAGAAACGAAUCCAAGGAAAGUUUGUUCACUUUUAUUUCUGCAGGAGAUGAUCCCCCCAAAGAUUUCCCUGUUCAGAAAAAAUCUCCGAAACUCUGUGGUUCCAACUACCCCCUGAGCAUUGCCUUCAUUGUGGUGAAUGAGUUCUGCGAGCGCUUCUCCUAUUAUGGCAUGAGAGCUGUCCUGACGCUGUAUUUCAUAAGCUUCUUCCACUGGGAUGAGAAUCUGUCCACUGCUGUGUACCAUGCCUUUUCUGCUCUCUGUUAUUUCACACCUGUCAUUGGAGCUAUCAUGGCAGACUCGUGGUUGGGGAAAUACAAGACAAUCAUCUACCUCUCCAUUGUGUAUGUGGUCGGCCAUCUGAUAAAGUCAGUCGGUGCCAUUCCAUCCCUAGGCAACCAGGCAGUUCAUGUGGUCCUGUCUAUGGUUGGUCUGUUUUUGAUCGCCCUUGGAACGGGAGGUAUCAAGCCCUGUGUCUCUGCAUUUGGUGGGGACCAGUUUGAAGAGGAACAUACCUCUGAGAGAAGCAAGUUUUUUUCCGUCUUCUAUUUAUCCAUUAAUGCUGGAAGUUUGAUCUCCACGUUUGUAACGCCUGUAUUAAGAGGGGAUGUGAAAUGUUUUGGAGAGGAUUGUUAUGCACUGGCUUUUGGUGUCCCAGCAGCACUGAUGGUGCUGGCGCUUGUUGUGUUUAUAGCUGGAAGCGGACUGUACAGAAAAACGCCACCACAAGGAAACGUCUUACUUGAAGUUUGCAAAUGCAUUGGAUUUGCUAUUAAAAACAGGCUGAAAAAUCGCUCCCGUCAGAUUCCAAGGAGAGAUCACUGGCUUGACUGGGCAUCAGAACAAUACUCGAAACAGCUGAUUGCGGAGGUUAAAAUGGUGACACGUGUUCUCUUUCUCUUCUUACCACUGCCAAUGUUCUGGGCCCUGUUUGAUCAGCAGGGAUCCAGGUGGACUUUGCAAGCUACAAAGAUGAACGCUGACUUUGGAAUAUAUGUCCUUCAGCCUGACCAAAUGCAGUUCUUAAAUCCACUUCUAAUUCUUGUCUUCAUCCCGAUUUUUGACCUUGGGCUCUAUCCUCUGAUAAACAUGUGCAAAUUUAAUUUCACACCUAUUAGGAAAAUGGCAACAGGUAUGAUCCUUGCAGGGAUGGCAUUUGGACUAGCAGCCAUUGUAGAAGUCAAAAUAAAUGAAACCGAUAUGCCUCAACUCGUCCCAAAAGAAAGCUUAAUUCAGGUCCUGAAUUUGGCAAAGAACCCAGUUCAAGUGACAAUCCAAGACCAGAACCUAUUUCAGCAGCCAGUGGAGGCUUUCCAGAACCCAGAUGAGUACUCACGUUUAAUAUUGAAUGGAGAGCAGCAGAGCCUUCAUUUCAUCCUGCAACAUCAAGGAUCGUCUCUUGCUUUUAACUACACCGUGAAGGAAAAAUCAGUGUACAGUUUAAUUGUUUUUGAGGCGGAAGGAAGCCUAUCAAGUCGCUUAAUUACAGACUUGAAAACAAAGCCAGAAAAUGGUUUGGCAGCAGUUAGAUUCAUUAACGGUUUGAGCCAAGAUGUCAACCUCACCAUUGACAGCAAACAGUUCAUAUCUGUUCAGAGAAACUGUGAUGUUUCUGGGUACUCGCUGGUAGAGAGGGACACAUAUGAUAAUGGAAAAUGCAUAACUGAAACUGGGGAAUUCACCCUGGACCUAGGGCUGCUUGACUUUGGUGCAUCGUACACUGUUGUGAUAACUAAUGUGUCUGCAGGUGCGGUUCAGACGUGGAAGUCAGAAGACAUCAAAGCCAACAACGUCCAUAUGGCUUGGCAAUUACCACAAUACUUAUUAAUAUCUGCUGGAGAAGUGAUGUUCUCCAUUACGGGUCUGGCCUUCUCCUAUUCUCAGUCUCCAGCCAGCAUGAAGUCAGUGCUGCAAGCAGGCUGGCUGCUCACAGUGGCUGUUGGGAAUACCCUUGUGCUUGUUGUUGCCCAGGCUGCACCUAUGGCACAGUGGGCUGAAUUUGUCUUGUUCACUGUUCUGCUCUUUGCUGUGUGCAUUAUUUUCUCCAUCAUGGGAUAUUUCUAUGUCAGUGUGGAUCCAGAGGACCUAGAAGAAAAGGAAGAGAAGAGAGAGACCCCAAAUAGAGGAAACAUGAUUAGUCUUGUUACUCAGAAAACAAAGCUCUAACACAUUAUGGGUUGGGAUCUUUUUUUCUUUCUAUCUUUCUUUCUUUCUUUCCCUUCUUUCUUUGUUUUCCUCUCUUCCUCUCUUUCUCUCUCUUUCUCACUCUUUUUCUUUUUCUAUCUAUUUCUCUCUCUUUCUUUCUCUCUUUUUUUAAAAUUUUUUAAAAAUAAUUUUUAACUCAGUAGAUGGUAGGGAAGAAUGGAGAUGAUGUUAUUUUAUAGUACUGUGGUCUUUAUUACUCAGAAUGUAGCUGCCAUCUAAAUGGGACAAAGUAGCCCUCUAAAAAACAGUAGAGGGUCCUGAAAUCUGAACAAAAUUCCCUGGGAAAAGUUCUGUGGUAUUGAAUUCCCAUAUAAGUGAAGUCAAUGGAAUUUAGAACCUGCCCUUCUUUCUAAGCAAGGAAUGCUUUCCUAUGAUUUUCUUUUAAGUAUAUAUUUAGGGCAGCAGAGAGGAAGGGUGGAGGGCAUGCCAGCAAAAGGUAGAGAUGCUUGGAGAAAAGGAUGAAAAAUCCCAUGUGGGAUCAGCGAAGAAUAGAUGCUACAGAUGGAAGAUUUUUUUUGUUGUUUUUGCUAUUUUUUACUGCAGUCAUCAAAGACUGGAAGAGUUACAAUCCCCCAAAAUUACACCGUGUAACUCUCUUUAUGAGUAUUUCACCCCAUUACUGCAAAUUAUGUUUGGUCCUGAUUUAUGACUUUCACCUCCAGGCCCAGAAGUAAUAACAGGGAAUUAAAUGCUGCAGGCUAAGCUAUUCCCAAAGCACCACUGAACAAGAUAUGCAUUCUACCAUCUCUCUGAUAUACAGUACUUCUUAGAAGUCUGCAGCAACUGAUAGCAUUCUUUGAUUAGACAUGAUUAGAGAAUUGGUUUACAUUUUUGUACUUUAGGAAUCCAAGCUGUUACUUGUAGUCUUUCUGUAUAUAAAGUCUAUAUUGGACGUUUCCUUUAACAGUUCCUGCCGCUGCAAGUUUAGGGUAUGGCUGUUUUCUCAUCUCAUGCUUCAGUUAUUCUCCACUGGGAGACACACUGCAGCAGUUUCUAUAAAAUUCCAGGCAUCCUACAGUGACUUAAACAAGGAAGCACUUUACAAUCUUUUUUCAAUCUACAAAAGGAUACUGUGGCAUAUGAGAUUUUUCUUUUCCUACCUGAUUUCUGUCUCUCUACCCAUGUAGGUAUGUAGGUAUUUUAGCAGAAUUGUGAGAAUUAUCUGAUUUUUUUCUUGCUUGCAUGAAGCUGUGAAUUUUCUUGUUCUGCAUUCAAACUGUUUCAACCAUUGCCAAUCUAGUAAAACUCCUUGGACAGUCCCUGCCUUCCUCUGUCACCCCAAGGCUGCAGCUGUGACAAGUGUGGCCUAAUUUACAAAAAGGCUGUCAAUAGGGUCUUCAGGUUCCCAGAGAAUAGAUUUUUAAUGAUGCUUUCCUCUUCCAACUUGGCAUUGAACAUAUCAUGAAAUACUUGCUUGGUUUCCACCCUGAACGGGACUGUGCUAAGGAGUAUGCUUAGCUUGACAUCACUGGUGCUUUAAUUUGCUGCCACGUGUGUAUUGUUGAAUAAGACUGAGACAGCGUCACUUUUUGGUUUGUAACUGGAAUAUGCAGUCUUGGAUUGUUUCCUUUCCUUCCUGUCCUAAAUGGCCAUGAGGGUGCACCACUAGUUCUGCAUAAGCUCCUGCCUGCUCUGAAAUAGCAUCUGGGUCUUGUGCCAGAGGGGGACCGUGGUCUCAGACAAAUGACAACAGGCUGCUGGUGUGCACACAGAAGUGCUUAAUGUGCUUCAGUUGAUGCAGAGCCAUUUAUUAAGCUGUGGUAGCUGGAACCGGGUGGCUGAGCCCUACGACUAAGUGGGGAAUGAAGGGCAUUGAAAGCCAUCUAUUAGGUCAUCCAACCUGCUCCUCGGAAGCCAAGUCGGGAUUAUUCCCUCCACUCCUUUCUGAUAUUGUUCUCUUGCCAUGAAUCUGUGUGUGUUCUUUCUCCUCCAGGCAUUGUUGUUUUCCUAAUCCUGUUUUAUGAUACGCUGCGAAUCAGCUCAGAGGCUGCUGAGUCACUCUGCUAUGAUGCUGUUUGACCAGCUUCCAAUUUGAAGCACUAAUUUAAAGUAUUUUGUCCUUUCUUCCCCCCACCAGCAAAACAAAGAAAAAAAAAAAAAGCAAAUGGAAGGAAUGGACAGGCUCCAGUAGUACUGAACAGACCCAAUUUAGAAUUAUUGGAGCAUUUAAUUUUUUAUAAGCCUUGAAUUUGGAAGUGUGUUGAUGUUCGAGGGCAUCUGCGGUGAAAAGACAGUGGAAAUCAUUGGAGCACUGUCCUUGGGAAGCACUUGGUGCAUCACAGCUUGAGGUGGUGUGAGGGAAAGCAAGGUACUCAAAGAUGUGAUCUUUAAGACUGUGUGUGCUCAAAAACCUCUUGAUUUUUAUGUUUUUUUUCCUUACUGGCGGCAUUACCAGAAGCUGUCACACAUUCUGAGCUUAAUUUAAAGGAAGCAUUCAAAACUCAUAAAAGAUACAUUUAGGAUGUCAUCUGUAUCUGCUUUUUAGUCUCCCGAUGCCAAAUUGUCCCUUCCCAAACAUCUCCAAGUUCCAAACCAUCACCAUAAUGCUGUGGGGAGAAAAAUUGCAGUUUGCGGUUGGGAAGGUUAAGAACGUGAAGUUAGUGCUAUAAAUAAAGUGCUAACAUGAGGCUGGGGGCUGCUGCAGCCCCUUGGGAGAAUUGCUCCAAGGAGUGAAAGGCUCUGCUUGUGUUUCUCUUCCAUCUGAUGGAGUUUCUUCUUCCCACCUGCUCAUCGUCACCUGCUGGAAGUCACCUCCUCCUCUGCUCUGCCUGCUUGGUUGUUGGUAUUUGGAUUCCUCGCUGCUUCAGCUGCGGUCGUAAAGCUUUGCUAACCUGACCCGUUUAUUGAAAUGCACUGCAGUUUGGAAAGAUUUCCCCUGAGCGUGCUGACAACCAGCAAGGAGCAGGCUAGGGGCUGUAAUGAAGAGCUACAAGGUUGCAAAAUGGCACCUUCAGUAUAGCACUUCUAUUUUAGAGCUACAGCUCCAUCCUAGCAGCCUUUUCACCACCUUCAAAUGG